GCUUUCUGCAGCAAUACUCCUCUCUAACUGGUGACGCUCCUGAAAAGGCUGUCCAAUUGAAUGGCUCGUUAAAGAACCGGCAGACGGUGUCCAAUGGCAGGUUUUUUUAGUGAGGAGCUGUAGAGUGGCAGGAAGGAGACUAUGUUAUUGGAGUCAACGAAACAGUCAGCAGAGCGGUUGGGUGGUUUGCUGCUUCUGAUAAUAAGAAAUAGACACACGCGAAUGGGAUUGUAUUUUUAUAUUAUACCGCCGCGGGGUCAAAUUUAACAAGCGGCAUACUUACAGGGAGGCAGUGUAAAGGGAACUGUAUGUACAUGUUUCAAUUACAUUGAAACAGGACUCAGGUUGACUGGCUGGGCUAAGCGACAAUACCACAGGUAUCCCUGAAGAUCAACAGAUGUGUCACAGAAUAGAGACCUGCUGGAUUCAAUCACAAGAGAACUGAUUUCCUGAGAGUAAGGUAUCUCAGCAGUUGAAUCUGUAAGAAGAUGCUGGAACCAGACAGAGGUGUGGUGGAGGAAUGGCUCUCAGAAUUCAAGGCAUUGCCUGAAUCUCAAGUUUCCAAUUACGCAGCAACGGUUCAUCAGAAGAAAAAACUCGUUCCUGCUCUUUAUAAAGUCAUCCAGGAUUCUGGCAAUGAGCUCCUGGAGCCAAUGUGCCACCAGCUGUUUGAGCUCUACCGGAGUUCUGAAGUGAAGCUCAAGAGGUUUACACUGCAAUUCCUUCCAGAGCUGGUCUGGGUUUACCUCCGAGUCACCGCCAGCAGGGACCGCCAGAGCAACGGCUGCAUUGAGGCGCUCCUGCUGGGCAUUUACAACCUGGAAAUUGUCGACAAGGAUGGAAACAACAAACUGCUGUCUUUCACAAUACCCUCGUUAUCCAAACCAUCCAUAUACCACGAGCCCUCCAGUCUUGGAUCCAUGGCGCUGACUGAAGGGGCCCUGUGCCAGCAUGACCUCAUCAGGGUGGUUUACAGCGACAUGCACCCUCAACGAGAGACCUUCACUGCACAGAACAGAUUCGAUGUUCUCCGUUUCCUGAUGUUGUGUUAUAACUCUGCUGUGGUUUUCAUGCCACCUUCUUCCUACCAGUCUGUCUGCAGAAUGUGUUCCAGGUUAUGUGUGUGUGGUUUUCCACGACAACAGCAGAAGCCGUGGAAGGAGCUGUGCGGCCGAGUGAUUCUGGACCCUGAGUUCAUGGUGCAGAUGUUGACGGCGGUCUAUCAUGCCAUAUUCAAUGGGGAGUGGGACUUGGGCAGGGAGGCACUGGAGGACAUUGUCUAUAGAGCACAGCUGGAGCUUUACUCUCAGCCCCUUCUGGUGGCUAAUGCGAUCAAGAGCUCCUUGCCAGUGAAUGCUCCCGACGGGUCUCGGGGCCGGAAUGUGCUGACUGUGGAGGUGACGCCCACGGUGGCCCGGAUAUCCCGCACCGCCAUCACCACGGCCUCCAUCCGUCGCCAUCGGUGGAAGAGAGAGGAUGCGGAAGGCAUGAGCGGAGGAGAGGACUCCAUCAACCUAAACGACCCGGAUGAGGGCUUCUCGUCCGGGGCCUCCAACAGCAGCCAGCCCAGCGGGAGCAAGCCGGUCGCCCCUUCCCAGAGAGGCAGUGUGAAGAAGGGGGCAGCAGGGCGGGCGGCCAGAGAGAGGGAGAGGGAGCCACUGAUGACCCUCCCUUCCACCUCUGCCGAGCCGCAGCCAGCCCCUCGCAGGCAGCUGCCACAACCCCCUCCACAAUCACUGCCACAACCCCCCUCGCCUCCCAGUGUCUCUUUGGAAGCCAUCGAGCUGAGCCCCAUGAAGAAGAAGCACCUCAGCUUGCCGGCCAGCCAGAGUCUGGUCAGGACUGCCAGCGCCACCUCCAGCAAGUCCUUUGACUUCAUGAACAGCAAUCGGGGAGAGGGGGCAGGCCCCGAGGCCGUCUCCAACCUGACGGCCAGCAGCGCUCACCGCUUCUCCACCAUGAGCCUGCAGGAGGAGCGGCUGGGCGGCAGGGCUGGGGAGGGGAAGGAUCUGCUGUCCCCAGGGGCCCCCCUGACCAAGCAGUCCCGCUCCCCCAGCUUCAAUAUGCAAAUCAUAUCGCAGGUUUAGUGGGCGCCAGGUGGAGGGCCUAUUGCCCUUCCCCCACUUCCCCUUCCUGUACAACUUUCAACGUCCCCAAACAGCAAACCGCAUACGAUGACUGUUUUUGACCUAACUGCUCAGCAGCAACAUCUGCUCAACAAGAUAGAGCAGCUCUUAGCUGUUGCGUAACUCUGAACAAACAGUCGUCUGGUGCGGGACUGCUGUUUCAGAGAAGGGGAGGGGAAGGGUUGAGAUCAUGGAACUGAUGAUGAUGAAGAUGAUGAUGAUGAUGAAACGGGUGGCAGGCUUUCGUCAUGCAGAAGAAUGGCAAAGUAACCAGGUGACCCCCCCCAAACUAGAAUAGGUUUCCAGAAACCUUGUUCUGCCAAGAAUACACUUGGGAAUGGGAUUUCCUUUCUCCUCCUCGCUGUUUUUUUACCAAAUGGUGCAUUCCGUGUAUAUUUGUGGACGAAAACAAAAAAUCUACUAUUGUUACCCAUUGUGGAAAAUGUAAUUGUCGUGGGUCUGCUGUAAUUUAAUCCUGAAAUUCAUAUAGUAUAUAUUUUGUAUUAAAACAGCAAUAAGAUGACCAUUGUACAUUGAAGAUUGUGUGAUUCACUGUAUUUGCCCUCAUGAGGACUUGCUCAUGCCUUCCUGUUUUUUUUUUUUUCCUUGGGGUGACGUGCAAUCCAUUUGUUAGUUUUUUAAUUGGUGUUUUUGAUGUUGCUGUUUCCGGCCAAUCUGUCUUGUAAAUCUGCAUCCCCAAAGACAGUGCUGAGAAUGUGGAAAUCAAAAAUGAGGAUCAAAUCAGACAAAUAGAAACACUGGUUUUUAGCUUCUCACUAAAAGCGUGAGUUUUUUUUUUUUUCUUUUCAUAAUUUAUAUAUAUUACCUGUAAGAUUUGUUAUUAUAAAUAUUAUUAUAAUCCAAAAAAAGAAUCAAAGAAAAGGGUUCAGAAUUCAAUGUGUUGGCCGUUGGAUCCAGUUCUAGAAAGUUGAAAGUGUCAAGUGCAAGACAUGUACGAAGUUAAUGGGAUCUACAGCCAACCUGCCUUCUCCAAUAGCCGUGUGUGGUACAAACAGGCAGGGACCAGCCUGGUACAGUGAGGAGGGAAGGCAAACAUUGACUGUGGAAUCUACAGUAUUGGGUGUUUUCAGCUGCUUGUCUCCUUUGGCAAUGUGAACUGUAAGGGUUACGGUGUCUGCACAUGUUGGAUGCGUGGUUUAAUCCAGCUGCUAGAACGUGGUCUCCCAGCACACUUCCUUUUCGUUGUCCGGACAUUGUGCCCUGUGACAACAGAGACGUCCGUUCGUACCGGAGUGGGCUCUACACCAGCUCCUACAGUGCAUUUCGGCUGAUCUCCGGGGGGGGAGAUAAAACAGAAUUGUUCUGGAAUUCUGAAAAACAAAGCAUCAGCACAGCGACAGAUGGAAAUACAAUCUCACUUUUAAUCCUCUAGGGGGGAUUUAUUGACCCUCUUUUUAAAAUCCCAUCAUAGAAUAAGACAUACGACGAUACUGUAGUGCAGGGUUACAGGUUAUUUAGACCCUCCACUUUUGAGACUGUGUGCUGCUGGCUGUCUUCUUAGCUGCUGUCUACAAAAACGGGUGAAAUUCCUCACUGCUUAAAAGCAGGCUAUACACUUCACUUGAUACACAGGUAUUGUGUGUAUACAGUCCCCCUUUGCAACAGGGAUAUUAAGAAGUGGUGUAAGGAAUAUGUACUAAGGGUUCUGUAGAUCCUUAUCAUAAAUGAUGUGUGUUUCGUAUGAAAUGGACCGUGGCAUUUUCUUUUAAUUUCUUAAUCUGAGCAGGUCUAUCGAGGGUGAAAAAAAAGACCCAACGACAUGGUUAAUUUAGUUUAAUGGAGUGAGGGAGUGUGGAAUUGAGUGAACGAUGUAAGCAUCCAAAUUACAUAUGCUUUGGGUAAUCAGUAGAUUUCAGCAGCAAUUAGUCUCAUCGUUCACCCUUCCUCGAUCUGUUCUGUUCCCAUAGUUUAAUCCCCACGCCCGAGGUUUGAAAUAUUAAACUAAGGAUGCACUCUGCUGUAAUCAAAUUUAAAAACCUCUUCACCUACCAGCUGAAAAUCCGGCAGAAAAGGAAAUAUAGAUUGUGAUUUUCAGAGAUGGCCAUGUUCAUAAGUUUUUUUUCAGCAGUCGUCCAACAAUUGUUUAGCAACUUUCAUUCUUUUGACACCAAAGGGGUUUUAGCAUCGCUUAUUAAAUAUUCUGCAAUGGUAAAACUUAUAUGAACAUAUAGCCCAGAGUCCUGUGUGUUUUAUAUAUGAAACGAGGCCAGUAAAAAUUAAUGUUGACUUUCUAAAAACUGAUCUAUAUUUAACAUCCAGAGUCCAAUAAGCUGAUGUUAAGCUCUAGCAGUCUGGCGCGUAGUGAUUUUCAAUGCAUUGUUAGUGUUCUGCCUUCUGUUUUGUUUAAUAUUCUGUUCAUGUUGCAAUGGUUAAAAGGAAUUUGGUCGUUUUUAUUUUUCUCUCUUUGUACAAACCUGUAUAAAAAACUUUCUCAAACGGUUGAAAGUCAUUUAGAAAGCAGUGCUUUAGAAUGAAAGUAUGUGUUCUACCUGUCACGCCUGGGACGUGUCAAAUAAAUUGGUUUGCUAAAGGCUGGAAAGGUCGUUCCAGACUUUAUUCUCUGCAGUUUUUCCAUUACAAGAAAAAUCAACAUCAAGUGAUUGGAUAUGAAGCGUUGGAAAGUAGCAGUCAUUUUCCAGUCUUGUUUUUAAUGGGCUACUAUAUGUUUAUCUUGGUGAAGGGUAGGUUUGUGAAAGCUGUUCUAUAACUUGGCACUAUUGUAUUUGCUGACAUGUACAAUGAAUUGUGUUGCCAGUAGAGUGAUGUUCACGUUACAGUGUGCAGGAGACAGUAAAGGGUUGUUGGGUUGUUUUCAUUUAUAUUACUAGAUGCCUCUUCAUGUGACUUGCAAUAGUAGCAGCUGAUCUGUACUGAUUAGCAGUGAUCUUGGGCUACCUCAUGCUACCUUUUAAGGUAGUCCAAGGUUAGUGCUAAUCGAGGUCUGCGAAACCUAGCUGUAAAUGCUACCUUUUAAGGUAGUCGGAAGUUUGCAAAAACUGUUGUAAGAGCUUUGGUAAACAAAUGUUGUCUGGAAUUCAAACUGUGUUGGUAAUUAACAUUUGAAGGUGUUUAAGCAAUAUGUAUUGUGUGUGAUGGGUUGUGACUCCUUCUUAAACUUCAUUCACUGUAAUGUGUCUAUUAACAGAUAUUUCUAAGAGGAGCCUCUGCAUUGCAACAUCAGGGACAAUUGCAGCAAAAGGUAGGCUAGUAUAUUACGUUUAGAACACUCCCCUUUCUGUAAAGAGAUGAAUGCAGUUACUGAACCCUAUCCUUUUAAAUGUAGAUGGCUGGUUUCAUAGCCCCUGCACUAAUCUGGAACUACCUAAUUUUACCUUAGGUAAUGUAAUCCAAGGCUUGGCUAGCGUUAAUCAGGGUCUGUGAAACCAGCCAAUAAACUUAAACUAGUCCCAGUUUUUUUUUAGUUAAAAUCAAGCAAGCAAAGUUCCAUCAUUCAAGCUCAUGUACUUUGUCUUUCUAGUGUAGGUUUCCUCUGUACAAGAGAGGCUGUGUCCACAGCACCAAUAGUCUCCCUUAAUUGCUUGCAGAUAAUGCUGCAGUAAAGAUUUCCAGACCUUUAAAUCAUUUCCUACUAAAACACCUGCAAUAGGAUUUUCAUUUUAUCCUUAAUGAUUUCCUUUAAAAGCCAGAAAAUUUGAUUUAUUUUCCAGUCUAUAUCCAUAGUUAAUUGUACUGGACCUAAGUUGACUUAGUACUGUACAAUAUUGCAUUAAAUGGAUUUGGUAUGCCCCUGGAAUACAUGGUAGUAGUAGUUCUUUUUUUGUUUUUUUCUCUUCGUUUCUGUAGUAGGAAUGAUGUUGGAGAUGUGCAUGGAUUUCUAUAUUGGGAGGACUCAGUUUUAUAUCAUAGGCAUAACAUUCGCAACACACUGGGUCACAUUAUGGAAUAGAGUGUCUUGUGCACACUUUGGGUACUUCUGCUGUCGUUCUUCCUCUGAAGAAUUGUUUGUGGCUGUUCUGAAUUUGUCAGUUGAUUGUGUAACAAUGCUUAAAAGGUGAAACUCUAUAACCACGACUGCACAUGAGCCCGGCUCAUUUGCAUUGAGGCGGAGACGCUCACUGGCAAUGUGCAGGCUGCCGGUUCAUGCCCAGCCUCCUCUUUGUUACAGUUGCUUCAAGUACACGAUGACACUUGUUGCUAAAUAAUCAGAUGCCAAGGUUUUAAAAUAACGUUUUCUUACAUUCGGCAUAUCCACAUUCUUACCAGUCCCCUGUCAUUUUUCUGUUGGGUUCGUAUUCCAGACUUCAAAUUCCCUUUGACUCGGGUGAAGCCAGUUGUUCAUCAACACCGAUGAAGACUUUAGCCAAAAAAUGUUUGUGUACUUGAAUAAUUUUCUUUAUCCUCAGGUUUUUUAAUUAAGCUUGACAUUUGAAGUUGGGUGGACGAAUUAUAUCCUUUCAUCUCAGUUCAUUAACCUCAUUACUUACUAAAAUUUGUUUCCAUCAAAACCUUUGCUAUUGUACACUAUUACUCCAAAAAAAAAAUAGUUUAAUUUAUUUUCUUAAUCUUUGUGCCAUAGUUGCUGUAGUGUUAAAAUGAUUUAUGUUUUAAAUUGGACUGAGCAAAAAAAAAAAAACAGACCCAGGCACACACAUUUAGUCUUCACAGGGUUUUACCAAAUGUUCUAUUGCAAUCAUAAGUUCAAAUAACGAAAUGUGUUAUAUUGCAAAUAUAUAAUGUGUGGUUAUAUUUCAUGCAGAAUGAAUUUAGAAGUAGAGCAAAGGCAUUAGGGUUAUGAAUCCCAGAUAUGGUGUGUGUGUGUGAUAUUAGAAACGGUUUGUGUAAGCUGUUCUAUUACAGAUGCCUAUGUACUGAUUGAUCAAGCUAAUCAGAUCAUUCAAGUCAGAGUAAGAUAACUGUUUAGAUCCAUAAGGAAGUUAAAUACAAUUCACAAUCAGACGAGACCUGCUACAAUGCUAUCGAUGGUUAGCAUUUCUUUACCAUUGAUUUUAUUAUUAUGUAUGUUUUUAAUUCAAACUUAUUUUCUGUGCUGCUGCUGUAGAACAUGUAUAAAGGAAAGAUAAAGAGAAUGUCUGUGUUACACAGUAUGUAUAUCUCUGAAGGCUGCUAUGUAUAGUUCCGAUCCCUUAUUGAGAUUUUAUGUCAGCAGACUGAGCCUAGCUCAUUUUUAAGUACAUGCCUUUGUAAAACAAAAGGUGAAAAUGCAUGUGGACAGUGUGUGGUUUCUUUGUUACCUAUAGCCCUCCCACUAAGCACAACACUUUACUUUGCCCACCCCCCUCCUUGAAACUUAAGCCUCCACCCUUGUGCACGGUGCAUGGAAGCACAGUAUUACACAGCUGCUAGCUGAUGUUCUAAAGGGAGUCUUGCUUAGGGAGAUUCUUUCAUAGGUGGUAGAGAUGGUGAUGUUAUUAAAUGUUAGUGAACACUCUCUACUGUUCCUGCCUCAUUCUACAGUUAAUUAUUGCAUUUUUAGCCAUGGAAAUUACUUGGACCCAUUUUGUACAUUAUUCCACUGAUCAGUUGCGGGAACGCUACCAAAGUAAUUUGUCUGCUUGUUACUCGUUUGGAGAAGACCUGUAUUCUAUCUUCUGAGCGUCAUAUUGUGUAAACAAGGCUAGAAAUACUAAAAGAAACGCAAAUUAAAUGACAGAUGUUUCGACAAAGUCUUUUUCAAUGUAAUUUUUCAAAACAUCCGUCAUUUAAUUUUAGUUUCUGUGUCUAUAAAAAUGAAGCACUGUUGAGUGUUUAACUGUUAUGGAUAAAUCUGUCACUUUCAACCAAUCCUUUUGUUGCUGAGGACAGGGUGGGUAGGGAGUGAAAUGACUUUGGUAGCAUUUCCCAUCUGAUUUGCACAUAUAAAUAUCCAAACAAUUGUAAUUGUAUUUAAAAAUGACAUUCCCAACAAUGCACAGCACACGGGGUACAGUCAGCAGUGUUCACUAAUGUUGUUUUAAUGUAUGCUGCCACCUUUUGGCAAUCUGCAAGAAUUAUGGGGUACAGUUUAUUUUUUUUAACAAUAGGUUGGUCAAAUUGUUAAUUUGUUGUGUGCAAGUUAUAGGUGUAUGUAUCAUUGGAAUGCUUUACUGUAUUUACAGCAUGGGAUAAGAAUCCUUGUAUUUGGAGGGGGGAGGGGGGAAGACGGGGUAGUUAAUUGCUGCUAUCAACCUGACAAUCAACUAUUUGGCCAACUCUUCUCACAUCUGCCAAUACUACUGUUGAGUGGGAAUUAAAAAUAAAUACAUAAAUCAAAAGUUCUAUAAACUUUACAAAAUCUAUGCAACAAAUCAGGUGUAAUUGUGUUAUUUGAAACAUGCUAGCUUUGAUCACUUUGGCUGUUCUGUUUGUUAUAUGAGUGUAAACAACCCUCUAGCAGCAACAACACUCUCGCACGUCUCUCUUUGUUUUUUCUGUUUUCGUUUUCCUGACUGACAUUCCUGCUCAGGUGAGGGCGACACCAAAGGUCACUUCCAGUGUUACAGGUAAUAGGACGCACAUGGAAAAACUAAGUGUGGUCAGGUGGGAUCUUAUUAAGUGUAACACAGGAAGUGAAUUUGCAGAAGUACUUCUAUUGGAUUUAGUGGUGUGGCAAGAUAAAAGUACUUCACCUGAGACAAAGAAAAAAAAAAUCAGAGGCACGUGUGACAGUGUUGUUGUUUUAAUGUGUGUUUUUUUUUUUAAGCCUUGAUUCUGACACCUGAAAUAACAGAUAGUGAGACAUCAUUUACACACACUGUUACACACUGAGGCAGUCCUCUGUCUGAGUGUGUCUGAUUUAGGGACUACAUUUCCAGCACUGCAGUUCUGUAUCAGUAUUAGAAAUGACCUACAAAACCUGAAAGCAUUGUUUUUCCACAGAAGUGAGGUAUCUCUGCCACUGCACAGACAUACAGAAUUGCUUUAAGUGUACAGUAUGUGGGACCAGUGCAAAGACUUUCUUGUGACGACAAUGUUUAUUGUGAAAAUAUAUUAAAAGAUGCUGGGUAUCCAUUCAGGGGUCAUUCAAUUCAUGCAUGUAAGCCAUUCUCUUUACAGCUGUUCUUGCCAAUGGGUAAAGCUGUUGACAUAAAGAUGUGAACUGUCGUACCAUUGAUGAUGUAAAUAUCUGUCUGAAAUUAAAAAAAGGAGUAUUUUAAAUCCUUGUAAAUAAAGAUGUACAAAACAAAUCGAUCAGUCUGCAAUGCAGAGAGAGAAAGAUCUGUCUGUAAUGUGUUGAAUAAAUAUCGUGCUGUUUCUGGACAACUAA